AAGGAAGGCGGUGGGACGACGUGUUGGGCAUGCGCAAUAGGUCGACUUCGCCGACCCUGGCCCCGCCUGCGGUAAAGGACCUGCCCACGCGGGUGGGAUUUCUAGUUCUGUGGCAGAGGGCGGGCGCCUAGCGGCUUUCUUGGCAGCGGGCAGGAAACUGGCAGGAGUUUCUGAGCCUGAACGUGCAGCGGAAGUAGAAGAACGUAUGCCCUUCUUCAAGUGUCUGGAGCUCAGAGAUGCAGCACAGGGGAGGGAAAUGUGACUAGUUGAGGCCUCCAUGCUUACUGUUGCUGCCAGAUCCCAUGUCAGCACCAAGUCCUCAGCUGCUGGUGGCAGCUGCUCAGCAGACGCUGGGCAUGGGAAAGAGACGAGGCCCACCCCGAGCGGUCUGCCUUCAUCUAGCCGGAGAGGUGCUGGCUGUGGCCAGGGGACUGAAGCCAGCUCUGCUCUAUGAUUGCAACUGUGCAGGGGCAGCAGAGCUCCAGAGCUAUCUGGAGGAGCUGCAGGGUCUGGGCUUCCCGACCCAGGGACUUCACAUCCUUGAGAUUGGAGAAAACAGCCUGAUUGUCCUUCCUGAGCAUGUGUGUCGGCACUUGGAGCGGGUGCUGCUUGGUACCAUAGUCUUUGUGGACGUUUCCAGCUCUCAACUUCACCCUUCCGUCUGCUCCCUGGACCAGCUUCAGGACUUGAAGGCCCUCGUGGCUGAGAUCAUCACACAUUUGCAGGAGCCACGGAGGAACCGAUCCCUGGCAGUCUCCUGCAGCAGGCUCCGUUCCUCAGACUGGAAUCUCUGUACUGUGUUUGGGAUGCUCCUGGGCUAUCCUGUGCCCUAUACUUUUCACAUGAACCAGGGAGAUGACAACUGCUUAGCCCAGACUCCACUACGGGUGUUCACUGCCCGGAUCUCAUGGCUACGUGGUCAACCACCAGUCUUGCUCUAUUCCUUUAGUGUCCCAGAGAGCUUGUUCCCAUCCUUGAGGAACAUUCUAAACACUUGGGAGAAGGACCUUAGAACUCGAUGUAGGACUCAGAAUGAUUUCACUGACCUCAGCAUCUCCUCUGAGAUAGUCACACUGCCGGCUGUGGCCCUCUGACUUUAACUGUUUUCCUGUGUAGAAGGAGUUCCGUAAAUGAUCAGCUCUAGGUCACAGGUGGCAAAUAGGAAUCAUCUCAAGUGCCAGUUCCAAGCAUCUCAAGGACACUCGGGAAGAAUGCUGUAAUGAAUUUGCCAUUUUUAUGCUGAACUGGACUAGGGAGAGUAGACCAGGAUGCUUCAGGAAUAAACAGAGUCCUUUGGAACAGA